AGGGAGCUUCACAGAUAAGCGCUAUCGGAUGACCACGACUCGAGUAUCCCUUGUUUCGAUGGCCGCGGUAAACUCUACACUCCUGGCCACGAGAACCCAUGAGGAUCUCAAUGCUGUGGAUAGUGAUCAAACAGAUACAUUAAUAUCAUGAGAGACCAGGCGGUAUAUAGAUUGCGUCCACUAUCCACCGAUCGCUCCAACGAAUUGACUCCCUCCACCCACCAUUUCUAUCUCUAACAUGGACUCCGAGAAGCAAGCCCAGUACGCCGAAGACGAAAUCGAAUCAAAAGCGCUGCAUUUCCUCCACAAAGCAGAAGCCAGCCAUGUUUCCGACGCCGUCUCUGAACGUAGCCGUCUCCAGCGGAAGAUCGACAUGCGACUGAUGCCACUCCUCUGCCUGACAUACGCCAUCCAGUCCAUUGACAAGACAACCCUAAGCUAUGCCGCCGUGUUCGGCAUACGCGAGGACACCCACCUGCAGGGCACAGAGUACUCGUGGGCCGGCGCUCUAUUCUACCUGGGCUACCUGUUCUGGGAGUAUCCGACGAAUGUGCUGCUCCAGAAGCUGCCCGUCGGAAAAUUCAUGUCUGGCACUGUCAUUCUCUGGGGCAUCACACUCAUGCUCCAUACCCCUGUGCAGAGCUUUGCCGGACUGGCGGCUGUGCGCACCUUGCUUGGAGUCUUCGAGGCGUCGGUGAACCCGGCUACGAUGAUCAUCUUCUCCAUGUACUACAAGCGCCAGGAGCAGCCCGUGCGGAUGGGCAUCUGGAUCGGCUCGGCUGGUGUGGGGUAUGUCGUCGCGGGCAUCACGAGCUUCGGCAUUGGCCACAUCGAUUCGUCCAGCCUGGAGAGCUGGCGAUUGCAGUUUCUCGUCUGGGGUGCGGUUACUACGGCUUGGGGCGUCUUGCUUUGGCUUUUGCUCCCUGGAUCGCCGGUCUCGGCUGGGUUUUUGAGUGAGGAGGAGAAGGUGCUGGUGAUGGAUCGGAUCAAGGAUAAUGGGACGGGGGUGGAGAAUAGGAGGUUCAAGGUUGUGCAGUUUAGGGAGGCGAUGCUGGACUUGAAGACAUGGUUACUGUUCAUCUUUGCCGUGUCCAGCAAUUGCCCGAACGGAGGGUUGACAACGUUCCAAGGCCUCAUCAUCAAAGGCUUUGGCUUCACAACACUACAAACAACCCUGAUCCAAAUGCCCUCAGGAGGCAUCCAAGCAAUAGUCUGCGUAACAGCCUGCUACAUCGUGUCAAAAUACAAAAACGCACGCCUCGCAAUGAUGCUAAUCUGCCUAACCCCUUUCCUCGCCGGCAUCACGGGCCUCGUCGCCAUCGCCGACAGCAAGCGCUACGCCCGCCUCGUCUGUCUCUGGAUCUCCUUCUCGUACACCGCAACAUGGACACUCUCCAUGUCCGUCGCCACGGCAAACACGUCCGGGCACACCAAGCGCGUGACGACGAAUGCGAUGCUCCUGAUCGGGUAUUGUGUCGGGAAUUUCGUGGGGCCGUUCUUCUUCAAGACGAGCGAGGCGCCGUCGUAUGGGCUUGGGGUUGGGAUGAUGUUUGUCUGCAUUGCGGUGCAGGUCUUGUGUAUUGUGGGGAUCUGGGUGUUGCUGUGGUGGAGGAACAGGAUGAAGGAGAGGCCGGUGUCCGGGGAGGAGUGGAGGAGGGCGCGGGAGAAUGGGUUUGCGGACUUGACGGACUUGCAGAAUGGGUAUUUCCGGUAUGUCUACUGAUGGUCCUGUCGAUCCUGGAGGUAAUUAUGUACACCGGGAACCGUGGCAUGUAAUAAAGCGACAUGAGCCGUGCGUGAGACCACGAGGUAUAGUCGCCUGCACAAUGUCUGCCCGAUGUUCACUCGUUGUUGUCAGGCCCUGUUUUCACCAUGAGCAGCAAGCAAC